ACAUAAACUCGUCACCGAACUGAAUCCCCAAACUUCUAAUUACCUCUAACAAUGGAGAAAAUUGAUCCAACUUUCAUCCAAGCACCAGAUAGAGCAGAUUUGAAUUUCACCAGCAUCGACUCCGAAGAUAUACCGACGAUAGAUCUCUCUCACCUCGAUGAUCCUAAAAAGGUUCAAAUCGUGAUCUCAGCGAUUGGAGAUGCCUGUGCAAAAUGGGGAUUUUUUCAAGUGAUCAACCAUGGUGUGCCUUGCGAUGCAAGACAGCGAUUAGAGAAAGUUGUGAAGAAGUUUUUCGAUCAACCUCAAGAAGAGAAGAUAAAAGUGAAGAGGGACGAGGUGAAUCCAAUGGGAUAUUAUGAUGGAGAACCUACAAAGAACGUUAGAGAUUGGAAAGAAGUGUUUGACGUGCAUUUCAAGGAUCCCAUGUAUCUUCCUACUUCAACAGAUCAUCCUCAAGAUGAAGGUUUAAAAGUUGUUUACAACAAGUGGCCUCAGUUUCCUUCUGAUUUCAGGGAAGCACAUGAAGAAUAUUCAAAGCACGCGGAAAAACUUGCGUUUAAGCUAUUAGAACUCGUCUCAUCAAGCUUAGGCUUACCAAGAGAACGUUUUAAUGACUACUUCAAGGAGCAAAUGAGUUUGAUUAGGGUAAACCGUUACCCACCAUGUCCACGACCAGACCUAGCUUUAGGUCUUGGCCACCACACGGAUGCAAACGUCUUGACGAUAUUGGCUGUUGAUGAGGUUAAAGGAUUACAAGUGAGUCGUAGAUCAGACGGUGUUUGGUUUCAGAUAGAACCCAUCUCUGAUGCUCUUGUCAUCAACAUUGGCAAUUGUAUGCAGGUGUGGACAAAUGAAAAGUAUUGGAGUGCAGAACAUAGAGUGGCGGUGAAUACAACAAGAGAGAGAUAUUCAAUACCAUUCUUCUUGAUGCCUUCACAUGACGUGGAAGUGAAGCCAUUAGAAGAGCUUGUGACUAGUGAAAACCCUUCAAGAUACAAAGGCUAUAAUUGGGGUAAGUUCUAUGUCAGUCGGAACAGAACCGAUUUUCGUAAACUUGAUGAGAUCGAUACCAUUCAGAUCGAUCACUUCAAAGUUCUGUAA